GAGUGAAAUUUUUGACACACUUCACUUUAUAAAAUAAUAAUAAUUUGAGAGUACUUACAGAAUAUAAAGUGUAAUAUAAAGGGUAUUUAGGAUUUCCCAUUGUAAAUUUCUUACUUUUAUUCUUUUUCUUUGUAAUUGGGUGGGUAAAGCAAAUUCCUUUUUUUCUCUUAGGAACGUGUUUCAGUUUUUCUAAUUUUGGUUUUGGCAUUACAUCAAACAUCUGGAGUGCUUUCCCAAAUGGAACGGAGAUUCACUGCUGUUUUCUGAUAAUUUAAUCAUUCAAAACCUGUGCAGCAAAAAGAGAAAUGAGUUGUAGUCGUAUAGUGGCAGAGAACGUGUGGAAACAAAUUGAAUCAACUUCCUUUGUGACAGAUGAGCAACUCUCCAUCUUAAAUUUCUUGUUUGGAAAGAACUUUGAGCGAGCUACUAGGAUUGUGGAUCAAAGAGGUGUUAAGAGGAUCUCGGGGUUACCCAGUGGACGUUCCAUCUUUCAGGUUAUGGGAGAAUCUAAGAGAAAGGAGGAGUAUUUUUGCUUCCCUGAGCACUUUUGUGCCUGUUAUUCGUUCUUCUUUGACAUUGUGAACAGAGGAGAACAACUUUGUUGUAAACAUCAAUUAGCUUCAAGACUAGCUGCUUCACUAGGAAUUUGCAUUGAAGUUAAGGUCUCUGAUGAUGAGCUAGCUUUGUUACUUUCCAAACUUUGAAAUGAUUUUAAUGGAAUUAUCAAGUUAGAACAUGCGUAGAAUUCAGUUCAGAUGCUAAUAUAGUGUAGAUUUUCGAGAGAGAUAUGUAACAAAAUAGAUAUGAUGUGUGAAUGAAGUGCAUUCAAACAAACAGUAUAUUUCGAAAACACAAAAGUACUAAA